UCAUUGGCGAGAUCUGUUCUUUUCUCUUUACAAAGAGAGGACGGAAAGCUCUGAUCUAUUCUUUCUGGGUUCGUGGAGAGAAACGUGGAUAGGUUCCACAGAAAGACAGCAGAGAGACAGAGAGAGAGAGAAGACAGAGAUUUUUUCUUCCCUGAGAUCCGGCAAAGUUCAUGAACAGUCAAAGAUCACUUGGGGAAUGAUUAGGAGAUGGGGAAGAAAGGCAACUGGUUUGUUGCAGUGAAGAAAGCUUUCAGUCCUGAAUCCAAGGAGAAGAAGGAUAAGAAAUCGAAGAAGAAAUGGUUUGGAAAACAGAAGCACCAGGAUCUCACUGCACCUCCUGCUCCUUAUACACCUUCUCCACCUCCUCCUGAGGAAGUCAAACUUAUCGAAGCAGAGAAUGAACAGAACAAACACGCUUAUUCUGUUGCACUGGCCUCUGCAGUGGCCACUGAGGCUGCUGUUGCUGCUGCUCAGGCUGCAGCAGAGGUUGUUCGUCUCACCAAUGCUGUUCGUUUCUCUGGUAAAUCAGAUGAGGAAGUGGCCGCUAUCAAGAUUCAAACGGCAUUCCGAGGAUACUUGGCAAGGAGAGCUUUGCGGGCAUUAAGAGGGCUGGUUAGGUUAAAGUCACUAAUUGAUGGACAUGCUGUCAAACGCCAAGCCACAUCCACCUUACGGUGUAUGCAGACCCUGGCUCGUGUGCAGUCUCAGAUCCGUACAAGGAGGAUCAGGAUGUCAGAGGAGAACCAGGCUCUCCAAAAGCAGCUCCAGCAAAAACUUGAGAGGGAUUUGGCAAGAGCUGCUAUGGAUGAGGAAUGGGAUGACAGUGUGCAAUCUAAGGAACAGAUUGAAGCAAAUUUACUGAGCAAGCAAGAGGCUGCCAUGAGAAGAGAAAGAGCCCUUGCUUAUGCAUUCACUCACCAGCAAAUGUGGAAGAAUUCUUCACGAUCUGGGACCCCAACUUUCAUGGACCCUAACAAUCCUCAUUGGGGGUGGAGUUGGUUAGAGCGAUGGAUGGCAGCCCGCCCAUGGGAGAGUAGAAGCAUGACAGACAAAGAACUUAAUGACUAUGCUUCUGUAAAGAGUGUGAGCCGCAGUGUUGGAGGAGGAGAAAUCAUCAAAGCUUAUGCCCGCCAUGAACUCAAUGCAGAGAGGCCUUCACCUACAGAUAAAAAAGCCAGCCGUCUUCCCAGCCGCCAAUCUCCUUCAACACCCCCUUCCAAAGCUGUAUCUUCUUCAUCUGCUGCUAGGAAAUUGAAGUCAGCAAGUCCAAGAGGGAAUAUGUGGAUCCAUGAUGAUGACUCAAGGACCAUGUUGAGCAUGCAGUCAGAGCGGCCUCGGCGGCAUAGUGUUGCAGGUUCAUCGGUGAGGGAUGAUGAGAGCCUGGCAAGUUCUCCAGCUGUCCCAAGCUACAUGGCAGCCACUGAGUCCGCAAGGGCCAAAGCCCGGUUGCAUAGCCCAUUGGGGAUAGAGAAUAAUGGAACCCCAGAGAAAGGAUCGGCAGGGUCUGCAAAGAAGCGGCUGUCUUUCUCAGCUUCCUCAGCUGGUCCUAGGCGGCAUUCAGGCCCUCCCAGGGUGGACAGCAGCUCCAUUAAGGACACAGGUAUACAUCAAGUUGCAAGCAAUGGUGUUGGAAGGUAGCCUAGUACCUGAUCAAAAGGGAGCAGAAGAGGAGAAGACAGCGCUUUAAUGGGUUGAAAACAUUCAAAGAGAAAAGUGGAUUGCAGUCGUCUUGUACCAUUGUCAGAGCUUUUAUUUGUUACUUAGUACAGUCGUACAGAUUUGGUUUGGGUGAAUUUAGUCUCUUGGGGUCCAAAUAUGAUUUGUUCAGUUGCCUUGUUAUGAAGAUUGUGUCUUUGUUUCUUUCUUUUAGUUUCCAGGCCUUGGCUGGGAUUCUGAUUGGUGCUUACGAGAUCAGACCAGAAGAAGCCAAUUCAUUGUACUGAUUACGACUCGGAAUGAAUGGUUGUGAUUUUCCAUUUUCAUUUUUUCUUCUGUUAUUUACUCCGGAUGGAAGAAAAUCCACUUGUAAUUGUUGUGUUAGUGAACUCCUUCGGUGUGUCAA